GGGCGGGGCGGGGCGAGUGGGGCGCUGCGAUUGGGCCGCACUGGGCGAAGGAAGGGCAGCUCCCUGGGGCUGCUGCCCGCGCCCGGAGUGGAGCUGUGCACUGGGCGCGGCGGGUCCGCAGGUCAGUGCGUGCCUGGCCGCGGACCCGUGCCUGCGAGACGGAAAAGAAUUGAAGAAAAAAGCAUUAGAGUUACUAUUGCUGUUUGGAAUACGUUGAGAAAGUGACGUAAGUGGAGCAACAUGAAUUACUCUCGAUUCAUCACUGCUGUAAGCGCAGCAAGAAAGGCAUCUCCAAUAAGAGUUCUGACUGAACUAAUGCAGAGGUCCCCACCAUCACUAAUCUCUCUGGCUGGCGGGGCACCAAACCCUAACACUUUCCCAUUUAAAACUGCCAGGAUCACCAUUGCAGAUGGAACUGCUGUUGAGAUGGGGGAGGAUUUGAUGAAGAGAGCCCUCCAGUACUCUGCCUCAGCCGGAAUUCCUGAGCUGUUGUCCUGGCUAAAGGAUUUACAGAAGAGUCUCCACAGUCCCCCCACAGCCAACUACAGUCCUGAUCAGGGACAAAUGGAGAUAUGUGUCACCACAGGCAGCCAGGAAGGCCUGUGUAAAGUGUUUGAGAUGCUUAUUAACCCUGGGGACAACAUCCUCCUGGAUGCACCCACAUACCCUGGAACACUAGCAGCUCUGAGACCCCUGGGCUGUAAUAUAAUAAAUGUCCCCAGUGACCAACAUGGUAUUAUUCCAGAAGCCCUGAAAGAGAUUCUCUCCAGGUGGAGCCCAGAAGAUGUAAAAAACCACUGCAACAACGUCCCCAAAUUUUUGUACACCAUUCCAAAUGGUGGCAAUCCCACUGGAACUUCACUGACCACUGACCGCAAAAAGAAAAUAUACCAGCUUGCAAGACAAUAUGAUUUCCUUGUAGUAGAAGAUGAUCCAUAUUAUUUUCUUCAGUUUAAUAAGCCUUGGCCCCCAACCUUUCUCUCCAUGGAUAUUGAUGGUCGAGUUAUCAGGACUGACUCUUUUUCUAAAAUUCUUUCAUCUGGGUUGAGAAUUGGCUUUCUAACUGGCCCCAAACCUCUUAUCGACAGAGUUAUUCUACAUAUACAGGUUUCAACAAUGCACACCAGCACUUUCACGCAGCUUAUGAUAACACAGCUUCUUCAGCAGUGGGGAGAAAAAGGUUUUCUGGAGCAUGUAGGCAGAGUAGUGGAAUUCUACAAGAGCCAGCGGGAUGCAAUGCUUGUAGCAGCAGACAAGUGGUUAAAAGGUUUGGCAGACUGGUACUCCCCUGCUGCUGGAAUGUUUCUUUGGAUUAAAAUUAAGGGAGUUUCUGACACCCAACAUUUGAUCAUGGAAAGAGCUUUGCAGAAAGAAGUACUACUGGUUCCUGGGGGAGCAUUUAACAUUGAUAGUUCACAUCCUAGUUCUCAUGUUAGAGCUUCCUUCUCUCUGUCUUCUCCAGCUCAGAUGGAUCAGGCAUUUCAGAGGUUGGCUGAGCUUAUAAAAGAAGCUGUGUGAAGAGGAGAAAUGAAAAGCUAUAGCUAACUCAAAUGUCUUUGGAAAAUUUGCACCAUUAUGAAAAUUAGAAUUUCAUCCUGCAAGUUACAGAAAAAUCUAUUGCCCUAGCUGUUAGCUAUGGCUGGGAUUUUAAACAUGGACGAAGAAUCACCAGAAGACCUUUCAGUUGGAAGUACAGUUAUAUUUUAAGAAGAAAUUAUCUAUCUUAACGCACCGAUUCCUUUUCAUGACCGAGAAAGACACUAUCCCAAAUUCCAUUGCAGCUGUGAUUAUACGAUACGUGAUGUACGUGAUUAUGCUAUAGCAAAACUGGUUAACACUGGGUGCGUCUACAAGUGACACUAUGUCACCGGAGUCUUUAAGGCCCCCCUACAAGUGACAGGUAUUGUGCAAGUAUCUGGUUAAUUAUACUAUUACCUUAAGGCCAACUACAUGUGCAAAGUAGCUAUAACAAUAAAAAGCUCCACCCAGCUAUAAAGUUAAACUUCAAAAACAUGUACUAACUUUAUAGCUGGUUGUUACUGAGCUUUAAUUUGCACAUGUAGCAGGGUCUCCCCUGUGGCUGGGAGCCCCAUGAACUGACAAGAGCUCCCAGCUGCAGGGGUAUACCUUGUCCAGCAUGAAAAACCUGAGCCCUGGGGAUUGCAGCUGCUGUGACCCUCAAGGCUAGGGGUAGGAUGUAAAACUCCCAGUCCACAUGGCGUUCUCAGUCUGACUCGUCACCUGCAGCACGGACUGAGAGACCCUGCAAGUGACAGGACUCCCAAUCCUGGCUGCACCUCACAUGUAACUGGUCCUAGCAGCCCCACACCUAACACAGCCAGGACCAGGAGAGGUGCAGCCAGGACUGGGAGCUCCAUCAGUUACGCGGCUCUCAGUCACGUCUAACUGGGGGGCUCAGCUGGGAACAGGAGUCCCAUCAGUUGUGGGAGUCUCUUGACUAUGGCUGCACAUGGCCUCCGUGGCUGGGAGCACCCUCAGCAGAGGGGAUUCCCAGCCAUGGAAGCUUGCUUCUUGCCAGUCAGAGAGAGCCCAGAGAUAGGAUCGGGCUCCCCCUGCACUGGCAGUAUGUCCCGAUUUGGACUUAAUGAAAUUGAAAUGAAAUCCCACAAUCGCACCUCCUACUGUGGACAUUUAGCAGGGCAGGAGGCACAAUUGUAUGGAUCACACAUUAGAUCCAGUCAUGUCUUAACCUGCAUGUUUAGAGGGGCCCUAAAAUGCUACUCUUUAGAGGUGCUAGCAACCAUCCCAUAGCAGGAUAAAUUAAUUCUCUGUUUCUCAAAGAGCUGUGUGCAUAUACUUGUCUUUAUGCAGUUAAUAGAACAACUCACAUUUCAUAAUGCUAAGUGUAUGCAUCUUAGCAGGACCAAAAACAAAAUACCUGAAGAGGAGAAAUAGAUAAUAUACAAAAUUUCAUCAAGUAUGCAAAACAAGCAAAUGGAAAGUUAACAAAGCUUUUUGUUCUCUAGUCUAUGGUUAUCAUCAUUAUCUAAGGGGCAAGAUAGUGGCUAUAAAAUAUAUAGAAAGAAAUAUGAUUUGAGUUGUUUGUGCAAAUGCUCAAAAGUGGCGGUAUGCUUAGCUGUGUAAUUCAUGUUCUUUUUUCUGGAUAAUUUAUGUAGCCAGCUACUAAUCUGAUGCCAUUAAUUUAGUUAGUAGCCAGCUACUAAUUUAUGUGGCCAGCAGAUAUUUAGCAUUUCAUAUAAAAGUCAGCGAUUCAUAAUUUGACAUGAAAGCCUUUUUAUGGUCCGUCAACCACUAUUAACAGUUACAAUAGGAAACAUUAUAAAACACUCAUACAUUUAUUUUUCCUUUUCUAGCUUGUUAUGCUGGACAACAUGAUCAAGUUGUCCAAGUGUUUUGUGCCUUUUACCUUGGCCUUAUUGGUCUCAGCUGUCUUGUUUGACAUCUAGGGCAUCCCUAGAUUUUGCAGUUUCCUGCACAGCAUGUCUGAGACCCAACCUUUUCUCGUUGCCCAAGAUAUUAUGCAAGUCCCGAUCAUUUUGCAGGAUCAUGUAGCAGUUUAAAUAUUGCAGUUUCCUCCUCUUUGGAAUCAUUUACUUGAACCUCAUGAUCUCAGGUCCAUUCAAAAUACUGCCACAGGUAUCAUCACACUGGCUGCUUGUGCUUUUUACUCCCUCUGCUAGUUCUCCACUAGCUCCCUCCCUUUCAGUGCAUCAGACAAACUUCCUGAUUUUUAUUUUCAAAACUUUUCAAAAUGUAGUCCUACUCUGCCUAUCUAUUCCACCUUCUUAUCCCAGGAACUUUGCUCUAUCAGUGAUCCUAGCCUAAAUUCCACCUUCUUAUCCCAGGAACCUUUGCUCUAUCAGUGAUCCUAGCCUAAUCUACCUGAUUCUUCUCUCUCCCUAGAAGCAGUCUUGUUGAUUCUCCCACCCUUCAUAAUGGGAAAAAUUGUGUCACAGUAGUACCACUCAAUGUCCUCCAAAAGUGUGUGUUCACUACUUUCCCAGUGCUUUCAGAGACAUGCCAUUCAAGCACGGCCUGACCACCCACUGCAUACCUGUCAAACUGGAUAUGAACUAUGAAGCUGCCUUGUGGAAUUCUUUACCAUUGCUCUAAAGGUCUCUGUCUUUAGCAUGCUUGAGAGCAGUGGCAGGAUGCAUUCAGGAUAGCUUCACUGCCCUAUUUUGUGUGUACAGAGCAGGAGAUGGGUGGGGUUUAUUGGGGAAUCAGGGCAGCAUUAUCCUCACUUUCUCCUCAGACCUUGUCUUGGACAGAAUGCAUACUGGGAAGCACGACUGCAUGAAGGAUAAGAGAGGUGGAGUUGUGGCCACUUGUACUGACUGCUUAAGCACUGUGGAGAUUUCUUGCUGCAUCUUUUCCUUGCCUCUGGCCUGCAAAUGUGACUUGCCCACUUGUUUGUAUCUCUGAAAGUCUCUGGAGAAGAGGCUGUCCUUCAGUAUCUUUUUUUGCAGUUUCUAACAUAGUGGUAUGCAACCUGGUUGUGCCCUGUAAUUACUAGAGUAAUGUUUAACAAUUUUAAAGGAGGAAGUUUUUAGGUCCCUUUACUACUCCUUAACUAAAUAUAUUAAUAAUAAAAUACUAUUUUUGCAGCACUUUAAAAUGACAUUCUUGUUUUCAACAAGAUAGAUAUUUGAAAUCUCAAAUGUCUCAUGAAUUUUAGAAAAUGUUUUACACAAGAGAAUGAGGUAAUGUGUCUAGUAAAUUUAAAGUAAGUAAGUUGAUAUAUUUUAAAAUAGAAAUAAAUGUUAAGAAUGUUAGUGACAUUUAAGAUUGACUCCUCUUCCCCCAUGAAUACCACCUUCCUUUUUAAAACAUAAUUAGAAUAAACAUAUUAAACCACAA